AUGAUCGGCCCAAGCGCCUCCGCGAGGAUCGGCACUCCAUCUGGGUCCACCAAAAGGGGGGGGACCCUGAGGGGGGGGCCCCGACUCCACGAGGAUCGUUUUCAACAUCUCUACGACGGGGAUCGGCACCUGCAACAGGAUGGCCAGCAAACACAUCUCAACGAAUGUAUCGGCACCCGCACCUCCACGAGGCGCCGAGCCAGCUCCGCCACAGAUCGGCAGGAGAUCGGGAACAGCAGGAACUGGCCGAGGAGGAGGAGGAGGCGGAGGCGGAGGCAGAGGCGAGUUCCGGUGGCCAUGGCCGGUGGCGCUGACACUGCAGACCUCGUAAAGCAUGUGCUGCAGCAGAGCGAUGACCACCCCCUUGCAUACACGCCCAUCG